AAAUUCAUACCGUUCUUUAAUCCAAACACAUAUAUACCAUUAUUAGUCAAUAAAUAUUACCCAACCCGGAGUUAAUAACAAAGUGUCAAAGUGAACACCACUCUCCACCACAACAGAAGACAUGACGAUUCACAGUCUUUAUAUCCUGAGCAAGUCUGGGGGUCUGAUAUACCAGCUGGAUCACAACAUUCCAACCAUAGAAAAUGAAAAAACAUUUAGCUUUCCUCUUGAAGUUAAACUUGAGGUGCAGAACAGAAACAUCAUGGUCGUGUAUGGUCAGCGUGAUGGGAUUAAAGUUGGACACACAUUAGUGUCUGUGAAUGGCAUGAAGGUGACAGGCCAACAACUUGAUGACGGACGUGAUGCCAUGCAGGUUCUCGCUAAUGAGGGAAACUAUCCUAUUAACCUGAAGUUUGCACGACCCAAGUUGACUACAAACGAGAAGAUUUUCCAGGCAUCAAUGUUUUAUCCUCUUUAUGCACUGGCUUGUCAACUAAGCCCAGAGACAAGAAGUUCAGGGAUAGAGACGAUUGAAAGUGACAACUUCAGGAUGAACUGCUUCCAGACACUAACAGGAGUGAAGUUUAUGCUUAUCUCCGACCCCAAACAAGCAGGCAUAGAUACCCUUCUCCACAGAGUAUAUGAAAUCUACUCCGACUUUGCCCUCAAGAACCCCUUCUAUUCCCUCGAGAUGCCCAUAAGAUGUGAACUCUUCGACGAACACAUAAAAUCUACUCUCGAACAGGCGGAGAGAUUAGGAAUAAGCAGUAUAUGAACUGUAUGGUAUGUUUCUAUUGAUGAAAGCAACAUGUAUAUCACCACAUGGUAAAGGUUUAUGGUUUUCAUCUUCAUGACUGUAAUAGUUGUGUACUAGAAGGGAACUUGUGUGUACAUCUUUUUCAUGCAGAUGUGAUUUAUUGUGUAUAAAGUGAAUAUUCUGGUACUGAGCAGUAUAUAUAGGAAGAUAUGCCCGCUGUCUGUAUUAUAUAAAAAUCUUUCUUGAUCGUAAAUGCUGACUCCACAAUGGCUGAUUGGAGUUACCAUGGUGAAAUAAUAUAAUUUUCAUAUAAUAUGUGAUUGUUAUUUAGAAAAAUAAAGGAAAAUGAAAGUAGGCUGUAUAUUUCCACAUAUAUAUUUUUUUUUCUUUCUUUUUUACUUUAGUGAUUGCAGUUUGGUAAUAGUGAUGUAUAUUUUGAUAAGUUAUUUCAGGUUAGAUUUAAUCAUGAAAGUGUUGAAAAGAAAUAUCUAAAUUAUAUACACGUUUUCUUAACCUAUUGUGCUUUAACCCAUUCGCCACAUUUGGCAAGAAUAGAUGCCAUACCCACUUUGAGACACGUUUAUUUAUUGUAUUUACACAUAGAUGGCUCCACAAGUUCUUAAUCACCAAACAGCCAGUUAUCAAGAACUACCUAUUUCACCUGUUUACCCUUUUCCUUCACUUUUGAAAAGGUUUUUUUUUUGUAUCAUUUCAUUGUCUAAAAUAUUCUUGUGACAAUUUGGUAAUCAUAACAUCAAUAACAAUAAUAACAGUAUCGAUAGCAAUGGUAUUAAUUUUCCCGCCAAUGCAAAGAAUGGGAAAAUCAGGGUCGGUAACUAGCGCCUACUGAUAGACUCCUUGCCGACUGAGUACAUGUGGAGCCAUCUGUAUGUAACAUAAUUCACUAAAAACUACAGGGGACAGAACAUAAAUCCGUGGCGAAUGGGUUAAUAAUGUUUAAAUUUAUUUGAAGGUUUAUUGAACAGGAAUUGUCCAUCUUGGCACGUCUGUUAUAUUUUUUGAGACUAUUUAUCUUCUUUUCUUUUUUUUUAAGUUAAAAUUAGGACAUGCACUUUAUAAAAAUUAUUUACAGACAUUUUUUUUUUCCUAAUUAAGUUGUAAACUCUAUGUUAUCCCAGAUUAAUCAUAAUUUCAGUCGUUCAGACAAGUUCAAAUUUAAGACAAAUGCUGAUGAAUUUCAAACAAAUAGUGUUUAGAAAUUAACAUACACACAAGGGAUUGCUUGAUCCUUUUUGAGGACCAAUAUAAGGUAAAUUGCAUUUGUUUUCUAUAUCCCUUGUUAUAUCAGUAAAUACACAAAUUCAAUUACUUGUUGAUUGAUUUUCCCCAAAUAUUUGUAUUUCUAUUCUGGUAAAAGUUUUUUAGCAUUUACUGGUGCUUAUGACAUAUUCGAGAGAAACAAAUAUUUAAACUUUUUAUAAAUCAUUCAUAUUUCGAUGAUCAAGUAUAGAAAACAAAAUUUUUGUUUUUUUAUGUUUCAGAAAAGUAAUGAGAAAAUAUAACCCAUGCAUUAUUAUGAGGGGAAGUAAACAGCUACAGUGAAAAUGAAGUAGAUACCCAUAAUUGACUCUGGUGAUAUAUUAACCCAUUUGUGAUGGGGAAAAUGAAUAAAAAUGAGGAAAAUGCUGUGCCCAUUUUUUAUAUUUUUUGUAAUAUGUCCCUACACAUAGAUGAUGACAUAGUGUGAUUUUACCUUUCCUUGAAAUGGCAGGAAAAUGUAUUUUUUACUAGUGCUAUGAAUAUCAAUGGUGUUAUUUUUAUUAUAAACAUUAUUAUUACUAUAAUGUUAUAAACAUUGGUAAUAGCAAACUAAGAUAACAAAACAUUUUCGUAAAUUAAAGAAAAGGGUAAACAGGCGAGACAGGCAGUACUUUUAAUUGGCUCAUUGGUGACUUAGUACAAGUGUAGCCAUGUAUGUGUAAAAACAAUUUAACAAGUAAACUCACGGUGGGCAUGUCACGGAUAUUUGACAUCCCGUCACAAAUGGGUUAACUUGACAGCAGCCAGAUUUAAAUGAAUGUGAAAUGAAUAGUAAACCACACUGUUUAGUAAUAGGAAAGUAAUCUAUGGAAGAUUUAGGGGUGUCAAAAUGUUAGUGUUGACAAAAUAUAAUAAAGUACUGUUAGUCAUGAACUAUCACACACAUCAGAUCA